UGACAGAAUCGGGCCUCUCUAUGGUUGACUGGCACCUGGUGAAAGAGAUGAAACCCCCGAGAACGCAGCAGGAGUGGGAAGCCGAGUUCCAGAAGUACCAGCAGUUCCCGGAAUUUAAAAUCCUGAAUCAUGACAUGACGCUGACAGAGUUCAAGUUCAUUUGGUACAUGGAGUAUUCGCACCGUAUGUGGGGCCGUGUUGUGGGUUUGGCCUACAUUCUGCCUGCCGCCUACUUCUGGCGAAAGGGCUGGCUAAGCCGCCCCAUGAAGGGCUGUGUUCUUGCGCUCUGCGGGCUGGUCUGCUUCCAGGGACUGCUGGGAUGGUACAUGGUGAAGAGCGGGCUGGAAGAGAAGCCAGACUCUUAUGACAUUCCUCGAGUCAGUCAGUACCGUCUCGCAGCACAUCUCGGCUCCGCGCUGGUUCUGUACUCUGCUAGCCUGUGGACGGGGCUGUCUUUGGUGCUUCCACGACACAAGUUACCGGAGACCCAUCAGCUCCUUCGCCUGAGGCAAUUUGCUCAUGGCACUACAGCUCUCAUUUUUCUUACCGCCCUUUCAGGUGCCUUUGUAGCAGGGCUGGAUGCUGGCCUUGUGUACAAUUCCUUCCCCAAAAUGGGGGAGCGCUGGAUCCCGGAUGAUCUCCUUGCCUUCUCCCCUGUGCUGAGAAAUAUCUUUGAGAAUCCUACAACUGUACAGUUUGAUCACAGGAUCUUGGGAAUUGCCUCAGUCACAGCUGUCACAGCACUGUACCUCUUCUCACGGAAGAUCCCACUCCCGCGCAGGACCAGGAUGGCAGUGACUUCCUUAUUGGCUGUGGCUUGCAUGCAGGUGGGCCUGGGCGUCAGCACUCUGCUGCUCUACGUCCCCACGCCUCUGGCCGCCACGCACCAGUCGGGCUCCCUGGCGCUGCUCAGCAUGGCGCUCUGGCUCAUGAGCGAGCUCCGGCGGGUCCCCAAGUAA